AUAAGUUAGCGUGCUGUUAUUUGCGUUACAUGAUUCUCGUCUGACAGUCAGUGGUCUUCUGGGCGUGGCUUGUAUGUUUGGCGCCAGCGGCGAGUGUGCCGCUUGUAGCUGCUGCCCGCCGUGACUGUCUGCCAUGAGCCGUGAGGUGGGCAGCUUUCCCCUAGCUCCUGCUGUCAGGACUAGGAUGAUCGCCGCUGGCUUCCGUGCUAUUCAGGAUGUGAUAGACGUGAAAGCCAGUGAGCUUGCUCGAGAAGCUGGAAUAUCUGAAGAGGCUUCUGUGGAAGCAUUGCAAAUUUUAAGAAGAGAAGGUCAAAGUGGCAUAUCGCCAAUACUGAAACACACAGCAUUGGAGCUGCUUGAACAGGAACAAGCUCAGGGAUCUCUCAUCACUUUUUGCUCAGCCUUAGAUGAAAUUCUUGGAGAAGGUGUGCAACUUAGUAAAAUCACAGAAAUUUGUGGCCCCCCUGGUGUGGGAAAGACACAAUUGUGUAUGCAACUUGCAGUAGAUGUGCAGAUCCCAGAAUGUUUUGGUGGCAUUGAUGGUGAAACAAUAUACAUUGAUACAGAGAACAGUUUCAUGGUUGAAAGGCUGGUGGACAUUGCAAAUGCUUGUGUUCAGCACUGCUGUCUUAUUACACAAGCCAACCAGCAAGAUGAUCACAAAAUAGCUAUGCAGAGAUUCACACUUGACAACAUUCUGUCGCACAUUUAUUACUUCUGUUGCCAUGAUUACAUUGAACUUCUUGCACAAAUGUAUGUCCUUCCGGACUUGCUUGCACAACAUCCAAAGAUAAAAUUGGUUAUUAUUGACAGCAUUGCAUUUCCUUUCCGACAUGACUUUGAAGACCUCUCAUUACGUACGCGCCUGCUAAAUACUUUGGCACAACAGUUGAUCAGCAUUGCUUAUUGUCACAAAUUAGCAGUGAUAUUAACAAAUCAGAUGACUACAAGAAUUGGACCUAGUGAAGCCAUUUUGGUACCAGCUUUAGGUGAAAGCUGGGGACAUGCAGCUUCUACUCGUGUAAUACUACAUUGGGAGAGUAUGAAAAGGUUUGCAACACUAUACAAGUCGCCAAGUCAGAAAGAAGCCACAGUACAAUUUAAGAUUACGCACCAAGGUUUUCGUGACAUUCAAGCUGCUGAAGUUAAAGCUAAUUCACCAAAAUUUGAGAUAAACCGACGUAAGCGCCCUCGUGAAGAUGAAACAGAAUGCCAGCCAUAAAGAAACACCUGGAUUUCAACAAGAACAUAAUGUGUAUAUUUUGUAAUUUAAAAACUUUAAAUUGUAUGUAGUAUUUUUUAUUUUGAAGCAAUCCAUCCAAGGUCUUUUUUCAUUUAUCAGAAUAAAGAUUGAGUUGUUUUGACAAAUAUAGCAUCCACUACUACUACAUAUUGCUCUAAUCGUUGUUUGAAGCCAAGUGUUGGUAAACACUAGGGACACACUAACACCAAUGUAUCUUAUGCUUUCAACAAAAAUUAAUCUAAAAAAAAAAUGUUUUGUUUAUUUGAAGCCCUAAAUGUGGGCUUAAUCAAAAAUAUCUUUAAUCUCCUUCCUCUGUUGUGAAGAUGGAUUCAAGUUUACUGGAAAUCUAACAAAAAGAAGCCCUUUGAUUCAUUAAUCGUAAUUUUUUUGUAAUAAUAGUUUAAAUGUAAAGGCAAUUCAUAUGUGCCCUGCUGAUUUGGUAUUAGCAAAGAAUGCCCUAUGGCAAUGUAUUAUGUUCACUGCUGGGUAGUUGGUAAAGGAGGAGAUGGCCAAUAAAUAAAUUGGCAUAGUAUGCCCCAUGGUGAUGUAUGUUUUUCCAAAACAAACAUGCAGUCAUAUGCAUUUGUAUAGGGUUGCAGAGGCGGAACGGGACUGUACAGUAGCUGGGUAUUUUCACCUAGGCAAAGGUCAGUGGAGGGCAUGUCAGCAUAUCUCCAGGCCAUACAGUUUUGAACAUCAGUGGAAAUACGCUUCCUGGACCCGGCUGACCAGUUAUGAUAUCCAGUCUGAGUAAGCCUCGGCUUAUGCAACCUGGACGAGAGCUGCGACAAUUGUGAUGGUGAUCCAGUGCUGCAUCUUCAGGUGCAGCACUUGGAUCGUCAAUGCUGGCAAGAGGCGUCUUUUUCCUACAGACACCUCCUGUAGCAUUUGCAUUUUAGUUGUAUGGUGUUGCACUGCCGCUUCCCUGCGGCUGUGCCAUACUGCGCAAAUCAGAUUCAUGCCCUAAGUCCUCAUCCAGAAUAGAGAUUUUCUCAGAAUACAGAAUACAACUCAACACCACUGGAGAAGCAGCACAGAAUAGAUAUCCAUUGACAUUCUGGUGUUCACUGAUCGUGAUGUACUGUAAGUUCUGCAAACACUGCGAGAAAAUAAUUUUCUUAAGGUAGCCUAUGAGUUAUAUACUGCAGUCAAUGGGGGGGUAUUCAAUUAGUGACGUUUUUUCGACCGUUUUUAAGUCAAAUUUAAGUUUGACCUAAUCAAUGCCCGUGCCAUUUUUUAGACUGGUCAAAAAAUCCAGCACUGGCGAAAACCAAGCGCCAAUACACGUGUUUUGGUGAAUUUGUGGGUGAUUUCCCCCGUGUUUGGUGCAAUUUUCGCCCAUGCCGAUUUGACAAAAAUAGUUAAACGGUUAAACGGGCGGAAAUGGAUUAAAAAUGGGCGAAAAUGCCAGCAAUCGAAUAACCUGUGUCAAAUUAACUUAAUUGUUUACCCCCCCCCCCAAUGUAUUUUGCAGAUUUUGACAAAUAUACAGUAAUAAUGAUACAGUAUAUUCAGAAAGAUAGCACAUUCUGCAGUUCCUGUCUAUUGUGCUACAAGUAUCACUACAAGCCUCUGCCUGUUCUGCUUUUCCUAUUCUGUUCCUUUAUACCAUGAACUACAAGUCUCAGCCUGUUCCAGUUAUACCACAUUACAAGUCUAUUUCGGUUGCAGUGGAUAACUAUAUUCUAGUCCUGCACCUGUUCGGUGCACUACAGAUUCCGACAAGCUUCCUGCUGCCAACCCCUGCCAGAGAAGUCUACGUAUAUAUUGUGUUCCAGUGGCAAGUUCUAUCAUCCAUCUGAACCUAAAGACUGUGUUUCCAGUUUCUCCCCUAAGUGUGGGUAAUCAUCUCCUGCUUAGCUAUCAUCUCCUGUGUCAGCUGAUUCACUCGCGACAAGUUACACCUUUCUUCUGGUCCUUCCGUUGAACCAUUUGUUCUAUUAUACAACGUUUAUCUACAGGAAUUCGGCCAGCAUACUUCUGGAUACUCCAACACCUCUGCGUAACCAGUUGUGCAGGCCUGCUGGUAAAGAGACUAUUGCUGUGUCUUAAUCAUAUCCUGUAUUCAAUAAAAAAUAUUUUUUAUGAA